AUGGCUUCCACCACCGUAGCAGACGAUUGGGAUGCACCUCCAGCUUCGACUUCGACACGAGCUGCGGUAGCCUCAGCCCCAGUAAGGGACGACUGGGAGGACGACGACGACGAUGAGGAGGAUGAAGCCCAGGCUCCCACAGAGGAAGCGAACCAGAGACUAUGGAACGAUGCUAACACCAAAUCCGCCGCCCCAAUGCCCACCGUCGUCUCAAGCUCAACACCCACACCCCCACCAGCCGCCUUCCAGCCCGUCAUGCGUAUCCUCAAGCGGCCCACGAACUCUCCCAAUAGCUCGGUGUCAUCUGUGCCUAGUACGGAGUCUUUCAGGGAGAGAGAGGCGAGGUACCAGGCAGCGAGGGAAAGGAUCUUUGGGAAUGGGAAUGAGAAUGGGGAGGGGCUGGGGCCGUCGUCGACGGUGGUACGGAAUCCUAGAGGGCCGGAGGAAGGUUCUACUGAGAAGGGAUUUACGCGACGUAGGACGGAUGACGGGUAG